CGCCAAAAUAGAUUUUCUCACGGAGACUGAGAGGGAAGGUGUGAAGGUGGGAUCUGAAUUCUGAAUCGUCCGAUCUUCUUCUCUACCGUCAAUUCAAUUCCUCCGUCACCGGCCGCCUCUCCUCCGCCACUGACAACGCCGCAGCAGCCGGAGGAUUCAGUGAUCUGAUUAAGUGGGAGGAAGUCUGGAAACUCGGCACUGAAACUCAGUAAUUCCACUAAUGUCCCUCAACAUGAAGAAAACCUUCACGGAAGCGUUGGCGAAGGCGUCGGCCGUGAUCGAGAAGACCGUGCAGACGACGGUGCAGGAGGUCACCGGUCCACGCGCUUUGCAGGACUUCGAGCUCGGCGAUCAGAUCGGGUCAGCCGGGCCCGGCCUUGUCUGGAAGCUCUACUCUGCCAAGGCCAGAGACGGCCACGCGGUUUAUCCUAACGUCUGUGUGUGGAUUCUCGAUAAGCGUGCUCUCUCCGAAGCUCGGCAGCGAGCUGGGCUCUCGAAGACGGCGGAGGAUGCGUUCUUCGAUAUGAUUCGCGCCGAUGCUACGCGGCUGGUACGCCUGAGGCACCCUGGAGUGGUGCAUGUGGUGCAGGCUCUCGAUGAGAAUAAGAAUGCUAUGGCGAUGGUUACUGAGCCGUUAUUCGCUUCGGCUGCAAAUGCCUUGGGGAUUUUGGAGAACAUUGAGAAAGUGCCGAAGGAGCUCAAAGGAAUAGAAAUGGGAUUACUAGAGGUGAAACAUGGGUUACUUCAGUUGGCAGAAACCUUGGAUUUCCUUCACAACAAUGCCCGUCUUGUUCAUCGGUCUAUAUCUCCUGAGACUGUCCUCAUUACCUCAAAUGGAGCUUGGAAGCUUUCUGGAUUUAGUUUUGCAUUAUCAACAAAUCAGUCAUCUAGUGAUCCACCCAACAUGCAGGCUUUCCACUAUGCUGAAUACGAUGUUGAAGAUUCUAUUAUGCCCCUUCAGCCAUCAUUGAACUACACUGCUCCUGAAUUGGUUCGAAGUAACACAAGUUCUAUUGGAUGCUCCUCUGAUAUUUUCAGUUUUGGGUGUCUUGCCUACCAUUUGAUUGCUCGAAAGCCUUUGCUAGACUGUCACAACAAUGUCAAGAUGUACAUGAAUAGUUUGAAUUACUUAUCCAGUGAGGCUUUCUCCUCCAUUCCAAAAGAGCUCGUUCCUGACUUGCAAAGGAUGCUAUCUUCAAAUGAAUCUACCAGACCAACAGCCAUUGAUUUUACUGGUUCAUCCUUUUUUCGAGAUGACACUAGGUUGCGUGCUCUUCGCUUUCUAGAUCACAUGCUUGAAAGAGACAACAUGCAGAAGUCUGAGUUUCUAAAAGCAUUAUCUGACAUGUGGAAAGAUUUCGAUUCGCGUGUACUUCGCUAUAAGGUUCUUCCUCCACUUUGUGCAGAGCUUAGAAAUUUGGUAAUGCAGCCAAUGAUUCUACCAAUGGUUCUGACCAUUGCUGAGUCUCAGGAUAGAAAUGAUUUUGAGUUAUCAACCCUACCAGCUCUUGUUCCUGUGCUAAGUACUGCUUCUGGUGAGACACUAUUGCUACUUGUGAAGCGUGCAGAGCUUAUUGUCAACAAGGCAAGUCAAGAUCAUUUAGUCACACAUAUUUUACCUAUGAUUGUACGGGCUUAUGAUGACUCUGAUCCAAGGUUGCAAGAAGAAGCCCUAAAGAAGACCGUGACACUUUCUAAGCAACUUGAUUCCCAGUUGGUAAAACAAUCCGUUGUGCCUCGUGUUCAUGGGUUGGCACUUAAGACAACUGUUGCUGCAGUGAGAGUGAAUGCACUGUUAUGCCUAAGUGAUAUGAUACACAUGCUCGAUAAGCAUUCUGUUCUUGAAAUACUGCAGACGAUCCAACGGUGUACUGCUGUUGACCGUUCUGCCCCAACACUGAUGUGUACCCUUGGUGUUGCUAACUCUAUCUUGAAACAGUAUGGAAUAGAAUUCACAACGGAGCACGUUCUUCCACUUCUCAUGCCUCUACUAAUUUCCCAGCAGCUAAAUGUUCAGCAAUUUGCAAAAUAUAUGGCUUUUGUUAAGGAUAUUCUCAGGAAGAUAGAAGAGAAAAAAGGCGUAAUGCUUAGUGACUCUGGAGCACCAGAAGUAAAACCAUCCGUUGGUAUUGAGGGCCAUCUGGCGGGGCAAGUAAAUAAAACUAGUGUAACUGCCGCAUCUACUGCAAGACGCAGCACAUCAUGGGAUGAAGACUGGAUUCCCACGAGAGGAUCUUCAGUUGCCCAGCAGUCAUCUGUAACCUUAUCAUCAGCUCAGCCGACUGUUGCUGUUGCUGCUCAGUCCAAUCAAGUGACUUCAGUGUUCUCACCGUCGCCUAUGACUUCUGUUGCUUCUACCCAGCAGCUUUCAUCUUCAUGUCCUGCGGUCGAUUUGGAGUGGCCACCUAGAUCCUCACCCCUUGCUGCUUCCAACAAAUCGGUAGAUUCUGAGAAGCAAGAUGAAAGCAAAGGAGCAUCAAAUGGUAGUUUUGAUGAUCUUGAUCCUUUUGCCAACUGGCCUCCUCGACCUAGUGGCUCUACCGUUGCUUCUAAACCUCUUAACAAUGGCACAUCGGCCUCGCCUUUCAACAUGCAUGGUUCCAGCAACAGCACGAGCAAUCCUAAUGCGUUGGAUAGCAUUUCCUCAUGGUCUCUUGGCACCACAAUGUCUACAGAGCCCUUGAAACCUAACCAAGGGAAUUCCACUUCCUCAUGGUCUCUUGGCACCCCAAUGUCUACAGAGCCCUUGAAACCGAACCAAGGGAAUUCCACGCUGAAUUUCGGUGGUCUCAGCGGUGGGGCUGUUAAUUCCCAGAAUUCUCUUGGCUACAUGAAACAAACUCAAGGCUCUUCUGCGAAACCCAUGGAUCUUGGUUCGAUUUUCUCUUCAAACAAAACCGAGCAAACUGCACCAAGGCUAGCUCCACCCCCAUCAACUGCCAUUGGUAGAGGAAGGGGACGAGGGCGAGGAAAUCAAGGGCAACUAUCACGGCCUAGCCAAGCAAAGUCUCAGACAGAGCAGCCACCCCUGUUGGACUUGCUUUAGUGGAACAACCACGCUGCCCCCGGAGUUAAAAAAAAAGGCGGUACAUAUCAAUCAAUCUCUUGUAUUUUGUUUAUCCCACGCGAUCAGUGACUUGCGUUUUACUGGAACAAAGGUUAAAAAAAAGGUGUUCAUAACGCCACUGGCUCGCACAGUUUUUGCCUUGAGAAUGAAGCUUGUUGUAGAAUAGUCAUAUUGAUACUUUGUAGAGAGCAUAGUAUGCCGAACUUUAUACGUUUUGUGCAAAUUUUCAUGUUAUUAUUAUUGUUUUCCCGUUAGUAAUUUGCAUUAUUCAUAUUCUUGUGGAGAAAGGGAUUGCCUCUUUGUUAAUUGUAAUCUUCAAAACAUUUGGCUCCCAUUUACCUGGCUUCCUCAUAAGUCAUAACAAUAACAAUAGUUGUAAUUUGGAGUUGUAAUCGAUAAUAAAUGUCAGUAUGUCA